CCCCAGUGGAGCCAGGGACUCUCCUUGUGUCUGCUGGCGAGGGCUCCUUAGCCCGUCGUCUCGAAACCUGCUGUCUCUGCGCACUGCAGGGGCAAGGCCUGUCGAGCACAGAACAGAGGACGCCUCGGCCACCGCGAGGGUCCAAAACGAGCCGCGAGGGUCCAAAACGAAGCGCGUGGCGAGGGCGCCGUCUUUCUGGCUGGGGAUGAGGCUGGGGACGCUGACUCUGUUGAGACAAUUCGGGGCGGCGCCACGCCCACCCCGCUCCGCGGGCGUGAACACAGGCGCGCGGCCAGCGCCUCAUUCCACUCCGGCGAGGACCACGACUGUCCCAACGCAUGCGAAAAAGACACCAGUGACACCGAUCGCCACGGCCGCAGCGCUAGAUCUGCGCAGCCGCGCCUCGCCCUGCGGCUCGCUGCUCCGAAGCCGCCCCCGGACGGCCGUGCGGUAGAUGAUGGCAGGGCAGAUGUAGGCGACGAGGCAGCCCGUCACGGCCCCUGUCAGCGCAUUGACCACCCCGAGGUCGUCCACCCGUCCACCCACGAGGGCCGACAGCGGGACGAACGCGAGGGCCACCAGGACCUGCUGGGAGCGGACCUCCGCUGGCGGAGCCUUCUCGACGGCACUGCCCCUCCAGCGGCAGAGGAGCCCCACGCACGAGUCCCGGAACGGGUGGAAGACCAGCGGGUACGACAUGGCGGUGGACACGGAGAUGGACAGCCACGCGAGCAUCGUCGCGGUCGUCGCCGGAUACAUGCGCAGCACGUUGCCCUCCACGCGCGACCCAAAGCGCCGCGCGCCCGCGAGGGCGAACGACAGGUAGGCAGCGAAUGCCAGCGCGUACGCGGUGGCCACGACGCGGGUCCAGCUCGAUGGCCUCUUGUCCCUGAGCUCCGAGUAGAUGGUGGGCGCGUUGUAGUGCGCCACGAACGACUGGCUGAAGAUGGCGAUCGCCGAGAAGAGGCCUGGCGUGAGCCGCGCAAUUGGCACCGCCAGCUCGGGAUCCUGCUCGCGAGCCGCCGGCUGAGGGCGGCGUCGAGCAGCACCAGCAGGAUGGUGUAGCACAUGGCGCACAUGCCCAGCACCGAGGCAUCCUCAGCGCGGUCAGGGUCGGCGCCAGGCACAGGGGCAGCAGCACCCCCAGGGCCACCACGAGCACCGCCGCCUCGCGGCCGAGCGCAAGCGGGUGGCCCUCGCCGAGGAGGCCCACGAGCGCGCUGGAGGUGUUGUCCGCGACCAUGACCGCGUACGAUACGAGCGUCAGGCAGCCGUUGACGACGAUGAUCCAGUCCAUGGCGAGGCUGGAGCCAACGGACCGCUGCCAGAGGCCCCGGAAGCUGCUCAGGCCCCACUGCCGGCUCGCGCCGCCCAGCAUGUGGAAGGAGGCAGCGGCCACUAUGCCUGUGAAUCCGAGGGACAGCAUGCCUGGCAGUAGCGUCCCCUGCCGCAAGCGCAUAGGACAGGCUGAAGAUGGCGCCGCCCAGCAGGCUCUUGCAAAUCGUGACCACAGCCAUGGGCCCAGUGAUUCCGUCGUCCUCCCUCAACGCCAUGGCCGCGCUGGAUCGCCCGUGAGGGGUAAUAUAAGAGCAGGGCGAGGAGGAAAUGGAGGAAGAAGCGAAGAGGAGAGGCAGCGAGGAGGAGGGAAGAGGGAAGAGGGGGACGCGGGGGGAGGAAGAAAGAGAGAUGAAGGGGAAAGCAGAAACGAGGAGAAAGAGGAACGGCGUAGGCCGCACAAGGCUCCAAAGGGCAACCGUCUUGGGAGCGCGCCGCGGGCGGCCUUGCAACGUGAUCCCUGUGGAAAGCAGUCCAAGGACGACGCGGCGACUACGACAGAUGACGACGAGGAGUACGACGGAUGACGACGACGACGACGACGACGACGACGACGACGACGACCACGACAACAACGACGACAACGACGAC